CAGACUUCACCGUCAUGUAUUCGUACAUUACCACCCAUACCUCCAUACAUAUCUUGUCCGAUCAAUCCAUACUGCGGAGGGAAUGACUUGCUGACGUUGCCGUGUCGUAGAAAUACCAAAAGGAUGCUAUCCUUCGCCAGAUGCGUGAAUAUAAGCGCGAGAAAGAUACCUUAGAAUCACACUUGCGAGAGGUGCAGAAGAAAUCGGUUGACCAUGAUGAUCACAUCCGCGUGAUCAAUACUUGGUGGGACCAGUUACUCGACGAAGUCAAGCUUCUGGUUGAAGAUGAGAUACCGUCUAAUGAUGAUAUUGAAGGUCAGUCCAGUGGCCAAGGGUCGGAACCACCACUUACGCAAUCCACAGCAACCUUUCCCACUGCAUUAAGUUUCAAGGGCAGCGAGGACUUCCAACAGCAUUUGGCAUCUAGAGCGAAGCAGAUAAAGUCCAAGCUUUCGUCUAUUUUCACAAAUCUUAGCAGCGUUCGAGGCAAGCCGUCUUCGGAUGUCCAUGAACUUCAAAAAAAGCUUUCCUCACUCCUCGGAGCCCAAAAAGAAUAUCUCACCAAACUUGAGAGAUUGAAGAGUGAGAGGGAUGAUCUUAGCGACCGCCUAGAGACAGCCUCACUCCGAUACAUCAAAGCCGAGAAGAGGCUGGACCGGGCCAAGAGCAGUGUCGUCGCCAAGUUGGAACAGCAAGCCAUUGCUGGUUCAAGCAGCGGCAACGGAGCAGUCCAGAAUGGGAGCGAUGUUGAAAUGACCGAUAAUCUUUCCGAGGAGAACGAAGCAAAUCAGACCGCGUACAAGGAGGCCGCAGCCGUUGUUGCCAAGCAAAAAGAGCAGUUAGAAGCAAUCAUGACGGAAAAUAAAUCCCUGACCGAACAACUCAGCGCAGCGAAUACUCGACUCUCCAAUCUGAACGAAGAUGACUAUGCACGAACAGAGCUAUUCAAGCAAUUCCGACUACAGCACGAAGAUGUGAUCCGGCGCAUCAACCAUCUGGAGGCCACAAACAUCCAAUUGCGGGAGGAAGCCGAGAAAUACCAAGCCGAGAGGACUGCAUACCGGGCACAAAUAGAGAACGAGGCAGAAGUAGUGACGGGGGAGCUGGAAAGCCAAGUACAAAGAAUGGAAGCAGAUCUCACCAGAAUCCGGUCUACGAGGGACGAAUUACUUGCUGAUUUGAGCAUGCGAAAGGCCAGUUCGGAACAAGACAAGACCUCCAGUGACCACUUAAAUGAACUUAUCUCAGCAAAAGACGAUCGCAUCACCUCUCUGGAGGCAGAAGUCGAGCGUUUGCGAGCCCGGGCUGAGGAAGAAUCCUUGCCUCCAAGAGCCGCGAUCGAGGCGCUGGACCUGCAGCAACUACGGCAAAAGUAUGAGAGUCUGGAACGGCAGUUUGAGGCUAUCGAGCGAGAAUUGCCAGGUCUACAAACGGCAUACAAGAAAGUCCAAACCUUAUCGACGAAGAAGGUUAUGGACUUCACCACACUGGAGGAGAAGGUCCAAAUCCUUCACGCGGAGAAAGCAAAGGCUGAUCAAAAGUAUUUUGCUGCCCGCAAGGAUAUGGAUACCAGGAUUCUCGAAGUCAGAUCACUGAAGAUUCAGAAUCAAAAGAGUUCAGAGAUCAUUCAGCAGUUGAAGGAAGUUGAGACGGCCAACCGAAACCUCCUCAGCAAUCUCGAGAAGCAGUUGAGCGAUAUCAGACAAGCCAACGCAUCCAUCAUCACCGAGCACAAGAAGAUGGAGUCGACAAGCAGAGAAGCUACCAGCAAAGCCGAGACCUUGAAGAAUCAGGUCACCGAACUCACCAACUUGAUCAAAGCCAAGGAUGCAAACAACCUCAACACCAAGCAGCGGAUCCAUGAUGUCGAGAUCGAAUUGGAGCAAAUUCGGGUGAAGUAUGAGCAGGCACAGAAGGAUAGGGACACAUGGAAGACCAAGAGCCUAAGCAAUCAAUCAGGCGAGGAAGAAAUGCUUAGAACUCUUGCUCUGUGCACUAUUUGCCGGAACAACUUCAAGAACGUCGCCAUCAAGACGUGUGGUCAUACUUUCUGCAACAACUGUGUUGAAGAUCGUAUUGCCAACCGGAUGCGCAAGUGUCCCAAUUGUUCGAAGCCUUUCGACAAAUCGGACGUCAUGACAAUCCACAUGUGAUUGAUGAAAUAGCUCUGCCAUCUCCGCUUGGUUGUUUGGUAUAGGACUUCACGUUUUCAGCGUUUAAUGAGACCGCACUUUGGUCGUGUAUGAUUGCAUAAACCGGAUGGAAAGGAUUGGCUUGCUUCUGCAUGGCUCAUAUGA